AGAUGAAUCAUUUGGACAAAUGACAGAUUUCUUCAAGUAUUUUAAAUAUCAAUGGUUAACACGAGUGCCACCAAAAUAUUGGAAUGUAUCAACUCUCGAUUUUCGGACGAACAACUUCUGUGAGGGGUGGCACAAUAAGUUCAAUAAUCGUGUUGAUAAAUUUCAUCCAAAUGUUUGGCGUCUGUUCGAGUGUUUACAACGUAAAGAAUUAUCAUUUCGACAACAACUUGGAAAAGUUAAAUGUGCUAUGCAGAAGAAAUUAAACGAAAAAAGCUGCUUUACUCGAACAGAAGUGAAAAUUCUCACAGAACGUUAUAAACAAAAGGAAACUACUUUGUUGGAUUUUAUUCAUGGAUUAUCUAUACUGGUAGCUCGAAAUUCUACAGUUGCUCAUUAA